AUGCCAGCUUCUGAAGAUAGGAGGGGGAAAUGGAAACGGCGGAAGCGAGGGGGAUUAUCGGCGAGGAAGCCGAAGCAAGAGGAGGAAGAUAUGGAGGAGGAAGAAGAGGAGAACAACGAGGAGAUGGAGGAUGCUGAUAAUGCCGACGAGCUUCAGCAAAAUGGUGGCGCAACUCCCGAUCCGGGACCCGGUAUUGGCGAGGUAGUGGAAGACGGUGGUACGCGCAUCUCUGAUUUCCCCUCCGUGGUCCGGCGCGCGGUAAUCCGGCCGCACGCGUCUGUGACGGCUGUUGUGGCGGCUGAGAGAGCUGGUUUGAGAGGAGAGACUAGAGGGCAAGGCACGCUUCCGGCUCUGGAGAAUAUCUCGUUUGGGCAAUUGCAGGCUUUAUCCACUGUACCGGCUGAUUCGCUGUCCUUUGAUCCUGAGAGGAGUGAUGGAUCGUCUUCGGCUUAUGUUAUCUCCCCACCACCUAUUCUGGGAGGAGACGGAGUUGUUAAACGGUUUGGGGGCCUGGCUCAUGUCUUGCCUAUGCAUUCAGAUUGGUUUGCACCAAACGCAGUAGAUCGGCUUGAACGGCAAGUGGUGCCACAAUUCUUCUCUGGAAAAUCUCCAAAUCAUACACCCCAAAGUUAUAUAGAAUUCAGGAACGCCAUUGUUUCAAAAUAUUUGGAAAACCCUGAGAAGACACUGACUCUUUCUGAUUGCCAAGGAUUAGUAGAUGGUGUUGACAGUGAAGAUUUUGCGCGAGUUUUCCGUUUUCUUGAUCACUGGGGUAUAAUCAAUUACUGUGCCACUGCCCAAUGUCAGCCUGCGCCUUCUAAAGAUGUAUCGGAAGUUAGGGAGGAUACAAAUGGUGAAGUCCACGUGCCGUCUGCUGCUUUAACAUCUAUUGAUAGUUUGAUCAAAUUUGACAAGCCAAACUAUAGACACAAGGCGGCUGGAGUCUAUUCAUCAUCCUUGCCAAGUUUGGAUGGUGACCUCCCUGACUUGGACAUGAUAAUUCGUGAGCACCUAUGCGAUAAUCAUUGCCACCAUUGUUCUCGACCGCUUCCAACUGCAUACUUCCAAUCCCAAAAGAAGGGGGAUAUACUCUUAUGCUCUGAUUGUUUUCACGAUGCAAGAUUUGUGGUUGGACAUUCUUGUAUUGACUUUGUAAGAGUGGAUCCAACCAAAGAGUAUGACGAUCAAGACGGAGACAAUUGGACUGCUCAGGAAACUCUCUUGCUUCUUGAAGCUGCGGAACUCUACAAGGAAAACUGGAUUCAGGUUGCAGAGCAUGUUGGUUCCAAAUCAAAAGCUCAGUGCACCACUCAUUUUCUUCGGUUAACUGCGAAUUAUAGCCUUUUGGAGAAGGUUGAGGUUCCAGGUGUGACGAAUUCGACAAACCACACAAAUGGAUAUGACCACAAAGGACCAGAUUCAAAUGGGGAUUUACCUGAAUCUUCGGAGCAAAGUUCUGACACUGAGAUCAAGCUCCCUUUUCUGAAGUCUCCGAAUCCGGUUAUGACAUUGGUUGCAUAUUUGGCAACAUCUGUUGGACCUCGAGUUGCUGCGUCCUGUGCACAUGAGUCACUUGCGGUUUUAUCAGAGGAUGAUAGGGUGAGAUCCGAGGGAGUGCAAGGGAAAGAAGCCAGCUUACUUGAAGGACAAAAUCAGCAGCAAGACGAAAACUCGGGAGCACAUAAAACAUGCCAAAAUGGAGCAGAACCAGCAGCGACUCCACUGCCACAGGAAAAAAUUAUGGCAGCAUAUAGAGCCGGUCUAUCAGCUGCAGCAACAAAAGCAAAACUGUUUGCCGAUCAUGAGGAACGUGAAAUCCAAAGGCUCUCUGCAAAUAUCGUUAAUCACCAGCUGAAGAGGAUGGAGCUGAAACUAAAGCAAUUUGCAGAAAUAGAAACAUUGUUGAUGAAAGAAUGCGAACAAGUAGAGAAGACACGUCAGAGAUUUGGUGCAGAGCGAGCUCGUAUGCUCUCAACAAGAUUCGGAUCACCUGGAGGAGUCUCUCCACAGACUAGUAAUAGUAACAAUCUCCAAGGGAUGUCUUUAUCCACAGGUGGCAACAACAUCAAUUCUCUCCUCCAGCAGCAGCAGCAACAACAGCAUGUCUCAGCUUGCUCAUCACAACCAAGCAUCAUCCCUGGAUUCAGCAACAACCCGCAGGUUCAUGCGCAGAUGCAGUUCAUGGCACGCCAGCAACAGCAGCAGCAACAACAACAAGCUUUCUCCUUUGGGCCGAGAUUGCCUCUGAAUGCGAUACAGACGAAUGCAGGAUCAACGGCUUCACCAAAUGUCAUGUUUGGCAACAACCCACUGAGUAACCCUGCAGCCGCAGCCGCGGGAGCAUCAAUCAACCAGCCUUCGUUUAGUCACCCGAUGGUUAGGUCUUCCACUGGUUCUGGCUCAGGGUCCGGCUUAGGCUUAAACUAA